AGUUGAUAAAAGUAGGGCGCAUUUCUUCAAAAACAUUAGCCGUUUUUAUUUUACUUUGUUAGUGACUUCACAACAGGACUAUUACAAAUUGUAGGCGGAUAAUUUAAAGAGCACGUUUUAAAAAGGUUACGACAAAUAAGCACUGCAAUGCCUCUGUCCACACAGUGUCAGGACGAUGACAAGAAAUACGUUUUAGUAGCCAGUUUGGAUAACGCCCGCAAUCUUUCUAAUAUCCUAAAAGCUAUAACUUUCAAGGACCAUGCGAUCUUCACAGCAACAUCCAAUGGUCUGCAGGUCACUGUGGAGUACUGCAAAACCCUCCAGGCUUCUGCAUUUAUCCAGACAGAGAUUUUUCAGGAGUUCACCAUAAAGGAAGAUUUAGUGGCUUUUCAGAUUAACCUCACUGUUCUGCUGGAUUGCCUUAAUAUCUUUGGAGGGAGCCCAGUAGCAGGAACAUCUACAGCCUUGCAGAUGUGCUACAAAGGCUACGGAUACCCUCUGACUCUCUACCUGGAGGAGGGUGGUGUGGUGACAGUCUGCAAGAUUAAAACACAAGAACCAGAAGAACUAAUUGAUUUUGACUUCUGUAGCACCAACGUCAUAAACCAGGUGAUCCUGCAGUCAGAGAGUCUAAAGGAAGCUUUCUCUGAACUGGACAUGACCAGCGAGGUGCUUACGAUCACCAUGUCCCCCAGCCGGCCGUACUUCAGGUUAUCAACAUUUGGGAACUCUGGAAACGCACAUUAUGAUUAUUCCAAAGACUCGGACAUGAUGGAGAUGUUUCGAUGCACCAAGACGCAAACGAACCGAUAUAAGAUGUCCCUCCUGAAACCGUCCACCAAAGCCCUGGCUCUGUCCUGUAAGGUCUCAGUGAGGACGGACAACAGAGGCUUUCUGUCGCUCCAGUACCUCAUCAGGAAUGAUGACGGACAGCACUCCUAUGUGGAUUUCUUCUGCUGUCCUGAUGAGGAGGGGGAGGAGGAAUGACCGGCAGCACAUUUAGCCUGACUCAAGUUCGCACUUUAACUUUAGUGGUUUCUAGUUUCUCUUAAAUAAACUUCCAGCACUCUUUGGAGCGGA